UUGGUUAAGGGCUUCUAAGUAAGGAUUUCACGGUAAUGUCUACUACACCUGUUGUAUUCGGCGCAUGUGACAAAUACAAUUUGAUCUGAUUUCUAUUGUGUACAAAAUAAUCUGUAAAACAACCAAAACAAACUGCAAAUGCAUCCAACAAGUAGAGUCACACGUUUGAUGAAGGCAGGAAUAUCACACAAAUAGGAUCAAUGGUUCAUUUGAUAGAAGACAACCUAUCUUGACAUUGUCAAGUAUUGAAAUCUGGCACGAAUCCCAGACUUUUUUUUGCGAUCAAAAAGUCAUAUUUCUCUUAAUUUCCAAUGUAGUGAGAGUGGUUUUAUCGCAAUGGUACAUCAUACCGGCCAAAUGUCUACCUUCUUGAACGGCAAUAGCUCCUAUACACAUGAAAACGCCUUACCCCUGGUAUCGAUAGAGCAUCGCUCACACAAAAACAAUAAAACAUUCAAAAUUGAUGAAUCUUUCCUGUAAAGCUUACAGCCUGUAAUUUAACCUCCUAGUCAUUGUAUCAUUUUAAAUCUAAAGUGCUGGAGUACAGAGCCUAAACAACAACAAAACAUGUUCACUCUCCAAAUACCUUUGGACCUCACUAUAAACAGGCAAAGGUGUGGGAAUCAUGUUGGACAUAUUGGAAUCAGAAUAAAAUAGAUUUACACCAAAACAGUCUUUAUGGGCUUAAGUGUUUUACAUCAUUCUAAAAAAAUAAUCAAAUUUACUUAAUUCAUACAUUAACCACCAUCAAAUGAUAUUAUUGCACCUAUAUUGGAUUUUGGACACCAUAUUGGAUUUGAGGUCAAAUCUAGGGUGCCUUCAAAAAUAAUCUGUGGUUUAAUUACAUGAGUAGGGGCAUAAGAUACAAAAUCCUUCAAGGAACCGUGGACCCAAAAUGUUUAAUUUUGAUGUCUAAGCCCACUUGUUUUCUUUAGAGCCGAUUACAAUAGCCACAACAACAACAACAUCGUGUAACUAUGUAUUUUUAUCAGGCAGGACCAAACAGAGCUGAAUGAGAGCGAUGACUUGGGAAGUUGUCUAUUAUUCAGCUACCAAAAAGUGUACAUUCGUCAUAAAUAUUAAUAGUUGAUAUUUCCACCUAUUGUAUCUCUGCGUUUACAGUUCUAUAUUUCCAAGAUCCAUUAAGAUAUCCUGAUGCUGUUUGCCUGUGUAUGUGGGGCAGACAGCAAAUAUUGGGUUACAUAUGGUUAUGUGGGAAUGCCACUUCCAGCCAGGCAUUAUUGUGCACUUUUCUUAGUUUAAGGCGUUUGUCACAAUAUCUAUCAAUUAACCACUUCUUCUGCAAAAUAAUUUUACACAAUCACCCAUUUUAAUAAAUGACAGCCAUUAUAGAUGUGGAAAAAACAUGUUUUGUAAUAGCUCGGGUAGUCCCCAACAUUUUUGGGGCCACAAGCCUCGUUUUUUUUAUUACUUAGCUACAACGUUGUUGUGAUGGAGAACUCCUGUACAGUAGAUGGCGGUGUUAAACUUUAAUUGCACAGUCCAGCAUAAUGAUGAAAAGGAAAGAAUCACCGGCUACAAACAAAGCUAGCGAUGUUUCGUUUCUGAUAGGAUUGCCUUUAUUUUAAUAGCAAACUAGACCCUGUAGAUUAUUAUAAUAUUAUAGAAAACACAAAGACUGUUUUCAUAUUGAAAAGGGGCCAAAAGCUUCGGGGGACAAUGUCGGGUUCCGUGGUCGAGUUCCAGGCGCAGAUAGCCUCAAUCAUGGAGGUGCUAGCCAACGCGGCUGUAGCCGAAAUCUGCAAAGUUGUUGACGAUGGCUAUGCUGUUGUGCACCUGAAGAUGUCCCAAAGCCACAAGGAGAACGAAUUUCUCCGGAGGAAAAUGAAAUUGAUGGAACUUCAGAUCGCGAGGUUUCGAUCAGAGAGAACAAAGUCUUCAGAGGGGUCCGUCCACAAUCGCUUCCAUGGAAUACGCCUCAUAAACAGACACAACCAUCGUGAGACGGCAACGACAGGACCUGCUUGGCAAAGCAGAGCCAGACUUUCCAACAGGAGUUUUGGGAACAGCAGCAUUCAAAGAGACAGACAGCCCAUAGACGUGGACCAAGACGAUGUCUCUCCAUCAAAGCAUAUGGAUGCUACAAAUGAUGAGCAGUCAGCAGAGACAGAGGAAGGGGAACCAGACCUGCUGAUCAUCAAGGAUGAGGGAGUUGCAGACGACCAGAAAUCUAGGUCCAGCCACCCAGCUAGAACAGUGGAGGGCAGCAGAGAACUAACCACCCAACCGGCUGCAGCGAACAGCAAGGAUCCCACCUUCCAGCUCAGUGGCCCCAGAGGCAACAACUACAACAACACCGCUAUGGAGCAGUCAGCAGAGACAGAGGAAGGGGAACCAGACCUGCUGAUCAUCAAGGUGGAGGGAGAAGCAGAUGACCAGGACUCUAGGAUCAGCCACCCAGACAGAACAGUGGAGGGCAGUAGAGAACUAACCACCCAACUGUCUGCAGCCACCACAGAGGACCCCGCCUUCCAGUCCAGUGGCCCCAGAGGCAACAACAAUUACAACAACAUCGCUAUGGAGCCUGCAUACUUGCAAGCAUGUUUGGGAUGGAUCGACAUGUACGACAGCGUGUUCCUGUUCCCUCCAAUAUCCAGCAACUUGAAGAGGAGUGGGACAACAUUCCACAGGCCACAAUCAACAGCCUGAUCAACUCUAUGUGAAUGAAAUGUCACACCAGAUACUGACUGGUUUUCUGAUCCACGCCUCUACAUAUUUUUUAAGGUACAGUGUCUGUAACCAACAGAUGCAUAUCCAUAGAUUAGGGCCAAAUGAAUUGUUUUUAAUUGAAUGAUUUCCUUAAAUGAACUGUAACUCAAUUGUUGCAUGUUGCGUUUUACUUUUGUUCAGUGUAUACUGUGUAUUCAAAUCAAAUUGUAUUUUUCACAUGCGCCGAAUACAACAGUUGUAGACUUUACCGUGAAAUACGAUCCCUUUCCCAACGAUACAGUUAAAAAGUAAGAAAAGUUUACCAAAUAAAAAUUGUAAAUUGUAACUCAAUAAAAUGACAAUAACGAGUUUAUAUACAAGGAGAACCUUGUAAAGGAUGGGUUGUUGCAGCAGACGACCACACCAGGUUCCACUCCUAUCAACUAAAAACAAGCAGAAGCGGCUCCAUGGCCAUGGCCCCAUCAUGCCUGGUGUCAACGGCACAGGCUGGUCGUGUAAGGGUGUGGGGAAUAUUUUCCAGGCACAUGUUAGGUCCCUUAAUAGCAAUUGAGCAACGUUUUCAUGUCCCAAAGAAUUUAGGAUGUUCUGGUGGCAAAGGGGGUCCGACCUGGUACUAGUUGGCCACUGAGUGUAUAUUGACACUAUAUAUGUAACUGACAAAAUAAUAGAAACUCUGAGGGAUACAUUAGGGAGUGAGGGAUACAAAGUGUAUUGAAAGCAGGUGCUUCCACACAGGUGUGAUUCCUAAGUCAUUGAAGCAAUUAAAAUCCCAUCAUGCUUAGGGGUCAUGCAUAAAAAUGCUGGGAAUGCCAUUAUUUUGGCUACCAUUGGUCAGCGAAUGGUUUGAUGAGCAUGAAAACGAUGUAACCCAUAUGCUAUGGCCCUCUCAGUUACCAGAUCUCAACCCAAUUGAACAUUUACUUUUUACUCUUAGCAGAUGCUCUUAUCCAGAGUGACUUAAUAAAUGACUAUCUGAACUAAAAGACUAGUGCCCCAUAGUACUAAUUUUGUCAUCAUGACGUGCUUUGAGAGGCUAGUUAAGGAUCAUAUCACCUCCACCUUACCUGACACCCUAGACCCACCUCAAUU